CGGGAUUCACAGGGCCGCUCCGCCCCUCCCGGGCAGAUUCGAGCUGGCCUUGGGAGAGGUCGCCCCGAUUCCACGAUCUGAGGACUCUGUACCAGCGGCUGAGACCAUGUCUAGCAAUGGGGCAGAUGGCCCAGCUGAAGCCCAGGCUGCUGUGGAGGAGCCUGUCAUGCAGCCCAGCGUGGUGGACCGCGUGGCCAGCCUGCCCCUCGUCAGCUCCACCUGUGGAAUGGUGAGCGCCGCCUACGCCUCCACCAAGGAGAGCCACCCCCACGUGAGGACGGUGUGCGAGGCGGCCGAGACGGGCGUCAAGAGCCUCACCGCGGCCGCGGUCAGCGGCGCACAGCCCAUCUUGUCCAAGCUGGAGCCCCAGAUCGCGUCGGCCAGCGAGUACGCGCACCGAGGGCUGGACAGACUGCAAGAAAGCCUGCCCAUCCUCCAGCAGCCCACUGAGAAGGUUCUGGCGGGCACCAAGGAGCUGGUGUCAUCCACGGUGUCUGGGGCCCGAGAAUUGGUAUCCAAUUCAGUGUCUAAUGCAAAGGACACGGUGGCCACCCAUGUCACGGGAGCAAUGGAUAUGACCCGUGGGGCCGUGCAGAGCAGCGUGGACAUGACCAAGUCGGCAGUGACCAGUAGUGUCCAGUCAGUCAUGGGCUCCCGAGUGGGACAGAUGGUGAUUAGUGGCGUAGACACGAUGCUGGUGAAAUCAGAGGCCUGGGCAGACAACCGCUUGCCCCUGACGGACGCAGAGCUAGCCCUGAUCGCCACAUCCCCGGAGGGCCUGGAUAUGGCCUCGCUGCAGCAGCAGAGACAGGAGCAGAACUACUUCGUGCGGCUGGGCUCACUGUCUGAGAGGCUGCGUCACCAUGCCUAUGAGCACUCACUGGGCAAGCUCCGCAACGCCAGGCAGCAUGCACACGAGGCUCUGCAGCAGCUCACACAUGCCCUCAGCCUGAUGGAAUGUGUGAAACAGGGUGUGGACCAGAGGCUUGGGGAAGGGCAGGAGAAGCUGCAGCAGAUGUGGCUCAGCUGGAAUCAGAAGACCCCUCAGGAUGCCGGAAAGGACCCAGCUAAGCCAGAGCAGGUGGAGGCCCGGGCGCUCAGCAUGGUGAGAGACAUCGCCCAGCAGCUGCAGGGCACGAUUGAGGCGCUGGGCACCAGCAUACAGGGCCUGCCCAGCCAUAUCAGGGAGCAGGCACAGCAGGCACGCAGCCAGGUGGAUGACCUUCAGGCCACCUUCUCCAGCAUUCACUCUCUCCAGGAUCUCACAGCCAGCGUACUUGCCCAGACCCGGGAGCGAAUAGCCAGAGCCCGAGAGGCCCUUGACCACACUGUGGAGUACGUGGCCCAGAACACUCCAGUCACGUGGUUGGUGGGUCCCUUCGCUCCUGGAAUCACUGAGAAAGCCCCGGAAGAGAAGAAGUAGGGAGAGGGAUCAGGGCCAGCACCUGGAUUGAGUCUGCUUUCCCCAAUAGUCCUAUUGCAUAGCAGGUCCUCACCCGCUCUGAAUCUGAAGGAGAGCUAUGUUUAACCUUUUUUGUCAGUCUUUUAAAGCAACAGUAUUUUUUUCUAGAAUGUUCCAGGGGGAAAAAUUCUAGAAUGUUCUAGGAAAAAAAAAAUAUAUAUAUAUAUAUAUAUAAAAUAUAUAUAUAUAAAAUAUAUAUAUAUAUAUAUAUUUUUUUUUUCUAUAAAAGAAAAAAAAUCCAAGUAACCAGUAGUGAUGGAACCCUAAGCCAGCACUGUGGUGGUAGAGGCAGGAGGAUCAGGAGUUGAAAGCUGAGCUGCUGCAUAGCAAACUUAGUGACAGGCUAAGCUACAUAAGACCUUGUCUUGAAGUAAGUCAGGGCACAGUGAUACUCUGUUCCGGUUCCUUUCCUACAUCAUGGCACACGAUAGUAAGGCCUUUUCUAACAGACCCUGAUACCUGAUCCAAGAAGCCAGUCGGUGACAGGGUGGACAGGAAGUGGCUGAGGGCUGAGUGUCCUCUGUUUUCAGAUCCUGGGGCUCAAUAUUGUCCUAAUAAAUUUUCCAUGCAUCAGA